CCUCUUCAACACACAAAAUCUUCUACGCAUUCCAUUUUCAAUCUCUCGAGAAAGUUUGCGUCUACUCCUACGACUAGAAAACUCUUCACAUACCUUCUUUUCCCAUUUCGCACCCGACUCAUUUCGCCCCGUCGUGCAUAUUCUAUCUUCCUGCACAACACGGCGUCAUGGAGAGGGCCUACAACGAUGCUGCCGAUGGCAACACCGUCGAUGGAAACGCUGGCAUUGGAAUUAUUGAGGCCAAUCUUCCCGAUUUCGACCGCAGCAAUUCUGUUCACCCGUACGACUAUGCUUACAGUAGUCCCGCCAGAACUGAGCUGAAUGGCCACCUUGUCCUUGCGUUCAACUCUGUUCAUACUCCCUUGGCCAUUAUCAACGCUGCAAUCCAAGCCUUCAAGGACGACACCAGCGAUGAAAUCUCUGUCGUCUCGUUGCCGCGCGGGGGCAUCAGCUAUAUCUGCAAGACCUCCGAGGCCAUGGACUUGGGCCAGUGCCCGGAUCAAAUCUUGCAGCUUUCUGGCAAGGAUCUUGCCAAAAAUGACAAUUGCAUCGUUCCACGCCCACGCAAUUGUUUCAUUCUUUACCGCCAGUGGGUUGGUGCCAAAAUCCUUGCUGAAAACCCAGGCUUGCCAGCUUCGACGAUCUCACAGGUUGUGUCAGUCCUUUGGCGCAAGGAGUCUGCGCUGAUUCGGCAGCACUUUCAUGGGCUCGCAAUGCAAGAGGAGCAAAUCCACCGACUAUCAUAUCCCACGUAUCACUAUACGCCGUGCAUGCGCGAGAAACCUCGCUGUGUAUAUACAGCUGGCACUGAUGACGGUCAGCCGUUCAAUCAUGUCGCGGGCUUGACGUCUUUCGCGACCUACAAAUCAAAUUGAUCUUGAAAGCGGCUUAAAGACACUGGCAACCAAUACCAGCGAGGACAGCAGCGGACGGGUGACUGGGAUAAGGCUUUGGAGGGGAAUAUUUGCGUUAGUUUUAAGGGCCUGUUCCGGCAGGCGAGAGACAAGAGGUGGACACAUGGAAAAUUUGCGUUGGUUUUGAGGGCCUGUUUCCGGGCAGGCGAGAGAGAGACAAGAGGUGUACAUAUUGCGGCGGCUGUCGUGGCGUUGCGGUGCUGGGUCAUUCGACCGGGUGCACUGCGGUGCCCAGUGAAGAUAGGCUUAGGUUGCGUUUAAUUUUCCGGACAAGAGGUGGACAUA